UAAUUAUCUUUAUUGUCGUUUUGCACGUUAUAAAAAUAAAUUAGAAAUUACUUCAAUACCAGAAGAUAUAAUAUUAGGUUUUAUAGAACAACGAGCAAUUACAUUAAGUCACAUCUAUAUGAGUAUUAUUUUAAUUCGUGGUCGUCAAACUGCGUUAAAGGGUCAGGUAGUGCAUUUUCAUGUUGAUACAAGUAUAAUCGUUGAUGAUUUAUUAUCAUUUCCACGAUGCUAUGAAUUCUUGGCUGUCGUACAGGAAAAACCACUUAAAAAUAAUGAGAUUCGUACUACUGUUAGUUAUUCGUUUAGUCCAGUACAAGUGUUGAAAGCUCUGAAUUAUUUAAAACAACAUAAUCAUUUAUAUUCAGACAAAAAAUUGAUGACUAUAGAAGAGAUUCAAGAAAUUUUCAAAUGUCGUCAAGAAGAUAUUAUACCAAUUCGCAUUAUCGAUAGCUAUGCAUAUAACAAUGCUACUACAAUAACACCAGUUAUUAAUUCAUCGGAAACUUUAUUUGGACCUAAGCGAAUAAUUCCAUGUGCUGAAGAUCCAAUAUGGGAAAUUGAACCUUAUUUAGAAGAAAGAUGUUAUCCAUGGUUGUAUCCACAUGGCAAAGAAGGUGAAGCUGAUCCGGAACGACCUUGUCAGGCUAUGACAUCUAUACUAAGAUAUACUGUUUCUUCUUGCUACGUUUUCCUCCUCUUUUUCUGA